CUAAUUAUACAAAACAAAAAAGUGACAUCACUUUGUUUAUAAGACCAUUGUGAUCAAUUAGUAAAAAAGUCCAAAAUAAAUACGCAAAAGCCUUAAUUAACAAAUCUCUGAUUAUCAUAAACGAGCUGCGGUUAUCUACUUCUUAACCACAUUUACAUCAAGUCUUUUUACAACUUAAAAUAGGAUAAAACACCAUGGAUGAAGAAGUUUUGACUACACUAAAAAUCCUAAUAAUAGGAGAAAGCGGGGUCGGUAAAUCCAGUCUUCUCUUACGUUUCACGGACGAUAACUUCGAUCCAGAACAAACGCUUACUAUAGGGGUCGAUUUUAAAACUAAGAAACUUACGGUGGAUGGGAACACUGUUAAACUGGCUAUAUGGGACACUGCAGGUCAGGAGAGAUUUCGGACAUUAACACCUUCAUAUUACAGGGAUGCUCAGGGUGCUAUAUUAGUAUUUGAUGUAAGCAGUUAUGCCACAUUUGCCAGAUUAGAAAACUGGCUUAGUGAACUUGAUACUUACUCAACAAAGGAUAAUAUCGUAAAAAUGAUUGUAGGAAAUAAAAUUGAUGUGGAUCGCAGGGAAGUUACUAGGGAACAAGCAAUGGCUUUUGCCAGGAGACAUCAAACUUUAUACAUUGAGGCGAGUGCAAAAACUAAGCAUGGUGUGCAAAGUGCUUUUGAGGAACUUGUUCACAUAAUUAUUCAAACUCCUGGAUUAUGGGAGUCUUAUAAUCCAGAUAAUAUACAUGUUGGUAAAAAUGACAAGGCCCCUCAAAGCGGUUGUGCAUCUUAUUGUAGUUUAGUAUAAGCUUUAAGGUUUUGUUUUUUUUUAUACAUAAUUUUCAAAAUAGUAAAAAAAUUGCUAUAUACUUUUGUGUAAUUUGUAUUUAUUGUACUUGUUCUUGCUAUAAGUUAAGGUGUUAAAUGUUAUUUAAGUUUUAUUUUGUUGACCACCUAUCAUUGUUUCUUUAUAAAAAAAUACUAAUAUAUUUAAUAUUUUAUUAUCCCUAUUAAAAA